AUGAAUUGUUUCCCCUGUUUCACUUCAAAAAAGAGUAGUAAUCCACCUUCUGGAAACGAGACUAACGAAAACGAUGAACAUGAAUUCAAACCACCACCUGUUGCGGCGGUAAAACAUAUAGAGGAAAGAGAAACAGAGCAACCACCGGUUAAAACAUUCAAUUUCCGGGAACUAGCGUCUGCCACCAAGAACUUCAGACAAGAAUGUCUUCUCGGAGAAGGUAGUUCCGGUAGGGUUUACAAAGGAACCCUUCAAUCUACUGGCCAGUUGGUAGCUGUAAAGCAGCUAGACAAACAUGGACUACAUGGCAACAAAGAGUUUCAAGCUGAAGUCUUAUCAUUGUCCAAACUCGAACACCCAAAUCUCGUCAAGCUUAUAGGUUACUGCGCUGAUGGAGACCAACGUCUUCUAGUCUUUGAAUUCGUCUCUGGAGGCUCACUUCCUGACCAUCUUUUCGAUCAAGAGCCAGGCCAGAAGCCCUUGGAUUGGCUCACGAGGAUGAAGAUUGCCUUCGGUGCAGCGCAAGGACUAGAUUAUUUACAUGAUAAAGUGAAUCCACCGGUGAUAUACAGGGACUUGAAAGCUGCAAACAUCUUGUUGGAUGAUGAGUUUUACCCUAAGCUUUGUGAUUAUGGUUUGAAUAAUUUAGCUCCCGGGGCUGGUGAUAGCAUGUUUCAUUCUUCAUGUGUUAUGGACACUUAUGGUUAUUCCGCUCCUGAGUACACUAGAGGGGAGGAUCUUACUGUGAAGUCAGAUGUUUAUAGCUUUGGAGUUGUGUUGCUUGAACUCAUCACUGGUAGAAGAGCUGUUGACACUACUAAACCUAAUGAGGAACAGAAUCUAGUUGCUUGGGCACAACCGAUAUUUAGAGACCCGAAACGGUAUCCGGAUAUGGCGGAUCCUCUCUUGAAGAAGAACUUCUCAGAGAGAGGGAUAAACCAAGCAGUGGCUAUAACAUCAAUGUGUCUACAAGAGGAACCAACAGCUCGUCCUUUGAUAAGCGAUGUAAUGGUUGCGCUUAACUUCCUUUCAAUGUCUACAGAAGAUGGUAUUCCAGACGCUGUGCCAAUAUUAUCUUUCAGGGACAAGAGCAUGUCCAUUGCUUUGAGCAGACACGGUUCUUGUUCUGUUACUCCCUUCUCUCUUCUUGAAAAAGAGGGAGACGAUGACUCGUCCAGUGUUUCAUCAGAGUCAGAAGAUGAUGAAAAGAAAGAAGAGUCAGAAGGAAGUAAGAAGAAGCAAGAGGAGGAUUCAGAUGAUGAGUCUGGUUCAGACUCUGAGAAGGGUCAAGAAGAGGAGCAACCAACUCCGUUAGAGAAACCUGAAAGCUCAAGAAGCAGUUCCUCUGACUCUGGAAGCGAGAGAGCGAGUCCUAUUGAUGAAAGUAACGCAAAUGCACAGAGCUUGGAGAUAAAGUAUAGUUAUAGCUCUGAGGAAGAAGAAGAAGAUAACGAGAGGCUAAGCAGUAAAAGCAGUUUUAAAUCAGACAAAGAAUGCACUUCUUUUGAGUAUAAUCACGAUGAUUCGCCAAAGAACACAAGUAUGCGGAUCAAUAGUCUUUCUCAUGAUAAUCAUAGUGAUGAUGAUGAGGAGGAGGAGGAGGAAGGUGAGGAGGAGAAGGAUCAUGAAACUCGGCUUGAGCACAUUCAUAGCUCAAAAUCUGAAGCCAUCAGUAUGUAUUCAGAUGAUGAUGAUGAUGAUGCAGGCGAGGAAAGUGGUGAGUCAUCUUUGAAUAGGGUUGUUGAACCAGAGAAAGAAGACCACGAUUCUUCUGAUGAAGACUGA